AUGUCUCGACACCACACAGGGCCGCUCUCAGCGGCCACCCCAGGAGACGGCGUCAGUUACGGAAGGCAACAACAACAACAACAACAACAACAAACACAACAACAGCAACAAGUAACAACACCUCAAACGAAAUGGCAUUCCCCCCACCCCACCUAUCAACACCAACACCAACACCAACACCAGCACCAGCAUCAGCACCCCCAACCACAUCACCACCCCAAUCUAGCCUCCUUCGUCAAGCCCGAACACACCCCCAUGAACAGUCACAGUCACAGUCACAGUGAAACAGCCUGGUCCGCCCGCAAAAGCAGCGGCAGCACGGUCUCGGCAGCAACAUCAGCCAGCUCCCGCUCGCCUUCACCGGGUACGCAUUCGGACCUGGGUUCCAACUGCUACGCUGCGUCCAUCAGCAGCUGGGUGACUUCGAAUCCGCCGAGUACGGCUACCGAGUGCAACUUUCCUGAGGGCGAUUUGGAGCCGAGUGAGAGUGUGGGGAUGGGGAUGGGGAAAAAGUGGAAUGAUGAAUCAUUAUCAUCAUCAUCAUCAUCAUCAAGAUCCCCCAUCACCCCCGUCAGCCGUUUCACCAUCGGCGGCCGCCCCGCCAAAAAGGGCCGGUACAACGCACCUAACGGUAACGGCGGCGGUGGUGGCCCCGGGAGCGGAGGAAGCAGCAGCAGCAGCAACAGCACGUCAGGAACGCGCUCGCCUUCGCGUCCCAGCUCCCUACGGAAUGCCAUGUUCGCCGUCGACUCUUCAGCUCCGCAUCCUCAUCCCCGCUCGGCGGAGGCAGAAGACAUGAUGUCGUGCGAGUCCGACGCCGAGAGCGGCGAGUCGGAAGACGACGACAUGGACAUUAUGGGUGAUUACCUUGACGACAACUCCUCGGAAGAGGAAGAAGAAGAAGAGGAAGACGACAACGACUGGUCUGGGCAGAAUGGCAAUCUGGAGUCGGCGGUGAUUGAGGCCGUCAAUGGGGAUCUGCCGCUGGCUGCUUAUUUGAUUCCGAUUCUGCAUAGGGAUUAUAACCUGGCGGUUAAGAAUAAGGUUGAGAGUUGGCAGUUUGGGAAUACGAGCGGUAGUGGCAGUGGUGGUAACGGUGGUGGUGGGGCGCAUGGGGGGAAUAACCUCAGAGAGAGGGGCAAUUCGGAUGCGUCGAGGGGUGAGAAAUCCUCUUAUACGAAUUCUCCACCUGGGGGCUCUGGGGGUAACGGGAAUGGCAACUCGCGGAAGAGGAGGCGGCGGUCUAACUCGGAUGGAGGAGGUAGGGAAGGAAGGGGGUUCGGUAACGGUGCAGGAGGUGGACGAGGCAGUGGUGAUUGGGGAGGAGGCGGUGGUGGUAGAGGCGGAGGCGGUGAUGGUGGUGGUGGUGAUGACGGCGAUGAAGACGAAGAUAAGAACAUCGACACAGGAUCUGGUCCCGGCGUGGCUGGCAACGAGGAGUCCCAACCGAUGCUGGCAUGUCCGUUCCACAAGCGCGAUCCGGAAAAAUACGGGAUUCAGCAGACCAAUUCGGCGAAUGGGAAGAAACACAAGUACAGGGCGUGUACGGGGCCGGGGUUUAAGAGUAUCCAGCGGUUAAAGGAACACCUGAAACGGGUGCAUUCACCCGUCCAAUGUAACCGCUGCUACAAGAUCUUCCCGGGGACAGAUCGAGCAACUUGUCUUGCCAACUUAUCGGAACACCAGAAAGAAAGCGACGCGUGCGACCUGGGGGAUCCGUCCCAGAAGGAAGGCAUUGAUGCAGUCCAGUGGGCGGCUCUCGAGCGGCAAAACCGCAAGAAGAACCAGGAGGCGCAUAAGCUGGAGAAGUGGUUUGAGAUCUGGGACGUGCUUUUUCCCGGUGCCAAUCGUCCCGAAACGCCUUGGCACGACAUCAAACCCCGAAUCACUCCCUUCUCCCCAUCCAAAGACGGUGACGCCUUCUCCAAGCUCUUCCUUGACAUUCUUGACCACAAAAUCCAGCAUCAAGACAUUGACUUUUCCUCGAUGGGGACCGACAUCGUCCGCGAGCGUCUCAAAUCCGUCGUCCAACAAACCUUUAAAGCCUACGUCUCGCUACACGGACACCUCUCGACGGAAACCUCAUCCUCCGAGCUCUCCAACGGCCCCGGCGGACGUAACCGCCUCUCAAUAGUAGGCGGCUCCUCCACGCACCUCUCGGCCCCCGCCACCGCCGCCUCGCACCAAAUGAGCAACACCACCACCGGCACCGCGCCGACCUCUCUCGGGAUGGGUACCCGAAACAACAACCCGCAAGCGCAACAAAUGAACCCGUACGCGCAACACGGCAUCCCCACCUCCCCCUUCCACUCCCACUCGCACUCGCACUCCCACAGCCACUACGGCCAUCACUCCCCGGCCACCCAGCACCAACCCCAAUUCAUGGCCCACUCCCCGCACAACGGCCCCAUGGCCGGCGUCUCCCCCCACGCCGUCAACGCCGUCAACGCCGCAGCCAUGUCCGCCGCGGGUUACACCAUGACGGGGGCCGAAGACCCGACAUCCGUCGCUUCUGCUGUGGGCGUUAAUGGUGGUGGUCCGGCCGCCAAUUACUUUUACACCAGCUACGCCAUGUUUCCGCCGCCGCCGCACCCGGCGACGGGGACGCAUGCGCAUGCGGCUUGGGGAGCGCCCGGCCAGUUUGUGGCGGCCCAUCAUCCGGCGGCCGUGCAAGCGCAGUUUGGGAUGCCGCAUCCUGCGCAGCAGCAGAUUGGGUCGGUAGGACCCCAUGGGAGUGUGGGACAGGUGGGAAAUGUUGGGCAGGUGGGACAGGUGACGCCGGAUCAUAUGGAUGUGGGUGUGGGGGGUUAUCAGUUUGAGGUUGAGGCUGGGGUUAGUGCUUUUGAUUAA